CCGCUGCGCCCCUCCACCAGCCGCAUGCUCCCGCACACCGGCAUCAGUCAGCUCGUGAGAAAAGCGCCGGGGAAUGUAGGGGAUAUUAACCUUGCUUUGGCAUAGGCGCUUAUCUGAAACGGAUCUCCUCAGCAAAGCGCUCGUUUAAAACUCUGCUGGAUGAAAUCACUGCAAGCUAGCAGCAACAUCACUUGGCAGCACAGGGGAGACGUGCUCCUGUGAGCGGAGCGCCGUACAUUCCUCCGUUCGCUGGAAGACAAAUGCCAAGCCUCCGGAUGGAGAUAUCUUAGACGGAGCAUGGGGGGUCGCGGGGAUGCGUGUGCCGCUGUUUGGGAAAACCGGUUGUGAUGUUUAACCGCUGCUAAAACGUUGACUGGGAAGCUCGUGUGCUUUUGCAGUCAGCACAAUCAAGGUGACGGCAGCUAGCCCGUUAGCUCGCGAGCUAUCCGGUUAGUGUGAGACGGGGAACAGAAAACGCACCGAGUGCGUUAGACAUCGAAAUAUCGUUAUUGAUUAAAUGAAAAAGCAGAGCACUUUUUCUUUGCACUGUGCACUUAAUGGAUAACAGUGCUCGUCGCUGACCAGGAGCAGAUGCCAGGAGAUGCUUGAUACAUUCUGGGGGAAAACUUGACACAUCUAUCUAUAAUAUUGCAUAUCAAACUCGCGUGCUUUUUUAAUCAGCUGAAUAUUUUACUAUUAACUCCCUGAACCCCGUGAGAUGUCAUGUCGAUUUUGGCACUGUACUGCAUAUUAGUGACUACUUAUGGUCGGUGCCAAGCAAUAUUGUCGUAUCAUCACUAUAUUAAGCGCAUACGUGUGUCUGUUUAGAGAAAAAUACACCUGCUUCGUUCAGGUCCAGUAAAUGAGUCUUUUGUAUCAGUUUCUUGCAACACACGGGGUCUCAGCGCGCUGGUAGCUUAAAAAUCAGUGGAUGCCAAAGCUCCGGACGGACAGAUGAUGAUGGUGAUGAUUCAGUCUACGGGAAUAUGAGGAAGUUACUCUGAACCGAGCACACGGCUUCGCGUUCAAGAAACCCCUGCCGUUCCCGAUGGUGAAAUUAGCCGGCGGCUGUUUGAUGAGCAGCAAACGAAAGCCACCUUUCCUCGGGUCACAUCUGAAGUCGAGCUGACAGAAGCUGGUGGGGUUUGUGUGAAAGGCUGGAGCAGGGUGUGACCGCACUUCGUUUAAAUGUUACAUGCAGCACUGUAUAUAUCAGCGAAGCUCACUAUGAACGCAGCCUGGAACUUCUACGUCAAUCCAUGUGGAUGACGCCGCCGCCGCCAACGUUCCAAAACAAAGCGUCGCCGAGGCAAAAGUUGCUUUUUAAAAUAGUUUGUCUCGGCUAAAGAGCAGCAGGUCUGUUAGCCAUGUAGCUGGCUGCACUUGACCGGACUGCACUUCUCCGACUAAUGUCUAGGGUGUCGGGUCUUUUUUUAGUCUGUGUUGUGCGUGUAAGUGUAGAUGUAUAGCGUAGCUAUUUUAGCGUCGUCGUCGUGACUGUUUCUGGUUGCUAUGGCAUUUUUAAACGGCCCCAGACUGCUGGACUGGGCAAACUCUCCUCCACAUUUACAGUUCAACAAAUAUGUCCUGACUGGCUAUAGACCCAUCUCCUCCGUCCAGGAGUGUAUCAAGAGUCUCUUCUAUCUGCACAAUGAGCUGGGGAACAUCUACACACACGGAAUCCCUCUGCUAUGUUUCCUGGUGCUGCUCCCGCUCAACAUCCCCUGGUCACAGAUCAGCGUGACGUGGCUGGGCGUGGUGCAUUUCCUGGCCUGCCUGUCACCGCAGCUGGGCUCAGUGGUCUACCACCUCUUCAUGAACCACGAGGGCGGCGAGCCCAUCUACAAAACCCUGCUCACGCUAGAUAUGUGUGGAAUCUGCAUGAUCAACACGCUAGGAGCCCUGCCUAUCGUGUACAGCACUCUUCUCUGCUACCCCUUCACCCGCACAGUGGCUCUGCUGAUGUACAUCCUGCUCUCCAGUUACGGCAUCUACUGUGCCAUCACAGCGUGCAGCAGAGUGCGCCGUCUGCGUUCCUUCGCCUGGCAGGCGCUUUUCCGCUUCUCGUUUUUCCUUCUGCGUGGGAGUAAGCUGUGGCCACAACUGCUGGCAUUCACCCACUCCUCUCCAUCUGUCAGCGUCCAGCGCUUCAUCCUCUCGCCUCAGGAGCCAGAGUCCCUCCCCAGCCACAGUUCUCAGGUCAUCAUGUCUAGGAAGGUGGUCAGGUCCAGUAAGUUCCGCCACGUCUUCGGCCAGGCGCUGAAGGCGGACCAGUGCUAUGAUGACAUCAGGAUCUCCCAGAUGACCUGGGACAGCAACUUCUGCUCGGUCAACCCCAAGUUUGUGGCCAUGAUUGUGGAUGCCAGCGGUGGAGGAGCUUUCAUUGUCCUGCCCCUGAGCAAGACGGGUCGCAUUGACAUGUCCCUGCCCACUGUCUGUGGUCACACUGGACCCGUAUUGGACAUCGAAUUCUGCCCACAUAAUGACAACAUCAUUGCCAGUGGCUCUGAAGACUGUAGUGUGAUGAUCUGGGAGAUUCCAGAUGGAGGUCUCAUAUCACCACUGAAGGACCCAGUUGUGAAGCUGGACGGUCACUCUAAACGCGUGGGCAUCCUCAGCUGGCACCCCACUGCCCACAAUGUGCUAAUGAGUGCAGGCUGUGAUAACGUGGUCAUCCUGUGGAACGUGGUUCACGGAGAGGCAGUGGUGCGCAUUGACUCAGUGCACACUGAUCUGAUCUACAGCGCCUGCUGGAACAGAAACGGCUCUCAGAUCCUCACUUCCUGCAAGGACAAGAAAUUACGCGUGUUAGACCCCCGCAAGGGCUCCGUCAUCUGUGAGAAGGACAAGCCUCAUGAAGGCUCCAGACCAGUCAGAGCUGUGUUUGUGUCUGAUGGGAAGAUCCUGACCACCGGUUUCAGCCGCAUGAGUGAGAGACAGGUGGCGCUGUGGGAUCCUAAAAACUUUGGUGAGCCGUUGACCCUGCAGGAGCUGGACACCAGCAGUGGGGUGCUGUUACCUUUCUUUGACCCUGACACUGGUAUAGUCUACCUUUGUGGCAAGGGUGACAGCAGCAUCAGAUACUUUGAGGUGACAGACGAGGCCCCAUACGUUCACUAUCUCUCCAUGUACAGCAGUAAAGAGAGUCAGAAGGGCAUGGGCUACAUGCCCAAGAGAGGCCUGGAAGUCAACAAGUGUGAGAUUGCAAGGUUCUAUAAACUCCACGAGAGAAAGUGUGAACCUAUUGUUAUGACUGUGCCUCGUAAGUCUGACUUGUUUCAAGAAGACCUUUACCCCGACACGAUUGGUCCAGAGCCAUCAGUGGAGGCAGAUGAUUGGUUUUCUGGUAAAAAUGGGGAACCAAUUCUGAUCUCCUUGAAAGACGGUUUUGUGGCUACCACCAAAAACAAAGAGUUCAAAGUCAUCAGGAGCUUGAUGGCCACCACAUCAUCUUCCUCGAGCAACCGACAGUCUGACAGUGCGGACGUGCAGACCUUGCAGGCCUUGCAGAAUGAGGUGAAGGAGCUGAGAGAGAUGAUUGAGCAGUUGACCCAGCAAGUGAGCGAACUGGAGAGCAAGUAGCUGAAGAGAGACCCCAGUAGAAUGAAAAGAAAAAUGCAAAUGGACAUGUACAAGAUAUGCAAAUAAUGAAGUCGUAAAAAGUGUACAUUGGAAAGAACAUUUUGUAGAAUUAUGUGAAAUGUUUUCAUGGGAUACCAUUUUACAGUCCAUUUCAGACCAAAUUUUGCUCUUCAGAGAUUUCCUUUUUUUAAAUUUGUUUUAGAAUUUUUAAUGUGACCAGAUUUGUUUGAAGCCCAUUUUAAUAUAUGUUUUGUAGGAUUUGAAAUAAAUGCCAGUGUUAUUUUAA